GAAGAUCUGAUUUUAUAACCGUAACCCCAAAAAAUCCCUUUCUUUGCUUUUAAUAUUUAUAAAAAAAUUCAUAAUCAUUACUAUGUUAAGAAGUGUUUCAUCUAAGUUAAACACUUUUACAUUGAAACGAUAUUCAACUGGUAAAACAUUAGUAAGCAAUGAAAUACAGGCUAUUGUAGAACCUCGAAAAUUAGAUUUUCCUUCAAAAUAUCAAACACCCAGGCAGGUAUGGCUGGAGAGUUUAGACACUAUCGACGAAAGAAAGUUAGGAUUAUUAGAACUACAUCCCGAAAUAUUUGCCACCAAUCCUAGAAUCGAUAUUAUUCAUCAAAAUAUAACUUGGCAAAAGCUUUAUAGGUACGUCAGCUAUGCUCACACAAAAUCGAGAUUCGAAGUGCGAGGUGGCGGCAAGAAGCCCUGGCAACAAAAAGGCCUGGGACGAGCUCGGCACGGAUCCAUUAGAUCGCCGCUAUUUAAAGGAGGCGGCGUUAUUCACGGUCCCAAAUCUCCUACGCCACAUUUUUACAUGCUCCCUUUUUAUUCAAGAGUAAAGGGAUUAACGUCGGCAUUAUCUGUUAAAUUAGCUCAGGACGAUUUACAUGUAGUUGACAGCUUAGAGAUACCGACAGAAGAAAGCAGUUAUUUGGAAGAAUUAGUGAAAAGCCGGCUGUGGGGUCCAUCUGUAUUAUUUGUUGAUAGCACUGACGUAAUGCCAAGAAACAUUACAGCAGCAACAGACUUGGUUAGACAUUUCAAUCUCAUGCCAGUGUAUGGUCUAAAUGUUUAUUCAAUGUUGAAGCAUGAUACGCUAGUACUUACCCGAUCGGCUGUUGACAUCAUCGAAGAAAAAAUAUUAUACCACUUAAACCGGAAUGAUACGAGGAAUGUUUUAGCCAAGUAUAAAGUAGAUCAAGUGUAAAUAUAGGUAAAAUAAAAAUAUUUGUUAUCCUCUA